AUGCGCAGCGUGAGAUGUGUGCCAACGUACAUACUGCACGGCAUGGCGAAGCCUCGCCGCUUCUCGGCGAGGGAGCACUUGAUCGUGGGCAAACAAUGGAGUGUUUUUGUCGUUGCCGCCGAGCUGAGAGGGCGAGUGUUGUCCGUGGCGACGGCCGCGGAUCGAUAUCGCUCGAGAUCUGUCAGCCUACGCGCCCGCCUCGCCGGCCAUUUGCCUACCUCGACGCCUCAGGCUCGUGUGUACAUAACCCGCCGCCCACCACCCCCGAUACACCCCCGCAGAUUACCGCCUACAAAGCAAACUUCAUUGGGACGUGCAUGCAAUAUGCGCAAGGAGCUGGUCGAAUUGCACCUCGACCGGCCACCCGGCCAGAUUGCUUUGAUAUCCAACUCGUCCUCGUAUAUAGGCCACCGCAUCUCAAAUUCCAGGUAA